UAUAUUUAUGUGCAACAAAAAAACUUCAUUGGUUAUAGCUAUCUGUUGUUUCAAAGAAGCUGUUUGUUGCCGGCUUUCUGAGUAAACACUUGGCCUACCCAUAAAUGGAGGUGCCCUAGACGAGAAAAGGGGCGUAAACACUUAGAAUAUUCAUAGCUGCCGUCACGGCUCGUUCGGCAGAACGCAUAACGCCGCAGCGGUGACGCAAUGCAAUGGAUUAUUCAUAGUCAGCAACGGCCACAUAGCUAGUCGAGUAACUAUUAGCUACUUUUUCAGUGCCAGAGCCAACAUGACGACUCUUCCUCUGCAGCACAGGAUGUUUCUGUUGUCAGGAUUGAACCAGAUCCCCUGCAGCAGUUGCCAUGUCCACAGCAGAUGAUUCAGUUCAGGUGCCAGAUAUUGGUACCAUCAUUUGCAGUGGAAUGGAUUCUACCAACCAGUGAAACUCUGGAAUUUGGUCAAGCAGAGAACGUUGGAGCUGUUUAUGUUUCAUCUGAUAAUGCAUACAGCGCUACUCUGACAGACAGGACAGGGGAUCCCAAUAGUAACAAUAGGUUUUUCUUCACCUCAACUCUACUGGUCAUGGAGCCGGUAAAUGGAUCAAAUCUGACUUGUGUGGGACUCAGUGGAGCAGUUCUAGUCAAAGAGAGCACUUCAAUAAUUAUCAGUGGUACCCCAGACCCUCCCAAAAAUCUGAGUUACAACGAUAGAGUUGUGAUAGAGAGUUCAGUGAAUCUCCAGUGGACCAGACCUUCCUAUACUGGGGGAGUGGCUGUCAUGAAGUACUCUGUCAGUGCUAAUGAAAGGAGGCUAGAAGUUGCAGAUGGCAGUUACAGUGUCAGCUACACUACCUCUUAUCCGUAUGGAGAUGUUAUGGUCUCAGCUAUCAAUACAUGUGGCCAGGAAAGCCAGCCAGCAGCUAUCAACAUACCUGCUGCAGCACCCCCACUACCUAACAUUGCGGUUCAGUUCACCUGUGAAUCCUUGCCAUGGACAAUUGAAUGGACGUAUGACAUGGAAGAAGGAGUGGUCUAUCCUAAUAUGGAUUUCAUUCUGAACCUCACUCCCACUGUUGAGACUGCCAGUAGUCACACGUUAUCUUCUGGAGAUCCUGCCUGUUCUGAUGCCACCUCUAAUAGCACCUACUGCACUGUGAAUGUCCCCAGAGAUGUCUACAUAAUCUCUGUUAAUCUCACCAAUGAUCUUGGUUCAACUAUAAACAGCAGCACAUUUGACACACGGCCUGUUAUUGUGGAAAAGGAUUUGAUGCUGACUACUCAGUUGCUGUUGAUUGUUACUGUGAGAAAAAAUGCACUGUGUCCAGAGAUUAAAUCUCCCGUUCUGGUAACAUUCGACCAGAGCGCGUGACUGGAGGAGAGUGUGAGAUCCAGCAGAAGCAACCGAAAUGACCAUCUCUUCUGGAGACUCUGCCUCCUUCUGUGUGGAUGCUGCGUCUAUCACCUUAGGCCCUGAUGAGACCAUCUGCUUUAUAAUCAGCCUUUAUAUAUGGCACUGGCAAUGCCUCUACAGCCAUCACUACUAGUGUAGUAGUGAUGAAAAUGGCCUCUCGGUGAUGCUGUUGCUGGUAUUGCAGUAACACUCACUCUGCUGGUGGUCCUGCCAGUGGUGUGGUUUUUGGCUGCUGUGGGAUGUGGUGUCUGAUGAAGUCUCAAGGUAGAAAGAAGAGAAG